AUGGUGUGGGUCUUUUGCGGUCCAGGUCGCUCAGACGAGCAUUCUAGCUCUGUCGGCCACUACUCACAUUCCCCGCGUCAGAAGACUGACCAGCUGGGAUGUUGGAAGCGGACGGAAGCGGACUUGGCCACCAAGUUGUCACGCUUUCUAUUCAACUAUCGCAUAAAACCAAACGACUCAACUGGUGCUUCGCCUACAGAAUUGAUGUUCAAGCGGCAGUUGCGCACACGACUCGACCUGCUUAAUCCGUCAAUGCAUGAUAGAGUCAUUGCAAAACAGACGAAGAUGAAGGCACGAUAUGAUGUGAACACCCGACCACGAGUCGUCGAGCCUAACGAAAGUGUCUACACGCGACUGGAACACGAAACGAACUGGUGUCCAGCGGUAGUUCGAACAAGCGAGUGGCAAAUAGUGGGAUUAGAGUUAGAGGAUGGGAGAAUUGUGCGUCGACAUCUGGAUCAAGUUCGCAGCCGAACGGACACAGCAAGUGGAGAGUUCGGAAAGUUCGAACUGCUAGCAACCUUUGAUAGGGAUCCUGACAUCCCGAGGACUGAAAAACCUACUGCCUGCACAGAGCACUACACCACCGACCGAGGCGUAUGUUCCUCCUCCUCCUUCUGCCCCGGCCAGCACUAG